GAUAGCCUGACCCUUUCCCUGGGGAAAAUCAGGGUGAGUUCUUGCUGGGAGCUAUCAGCAUGGAGCUUGUGGGCACAUUCCUGCCCCUCUCAGCAAAACAAGCUCAGCCCUCGCAGCAUAGACUGCUGUAGCAGCAGCACAAAACCAAAAGGUCUCACAGCUCUCAGCCAGGCGACACUUGGAGCUCAGCUUCUGCUCCCCACAGAAGAUGCACCAUCCUCAGACAGCCCCUGCAUGGGAGUCUGACCACUCUGCACUAAGUUUCCCUGAGCCUCAGGCUUCUCUUUAAUUCCAGACACCAUUUUUGAUGGUGUCUCUACAGAGAUAGAAGAGGGCCAGGCACUCUCCUGGAGGAGAUGACGCCAGGCAGGACAGUGCUCCAGUAAACAAAUACACUGCGCCAAUCCCUAGCGCAAGAUGCCAGACGUCUAUGCAAGUUCCAGGGGAGAUCAGGCUGGUUUGCAGAGGGGAAACCCAGUGGGAAAUUUUGAACAUACAGAAACUGUGUGCAAUGCAAGGAAACAGGAUGCUUGCCUUGUACUCAUAGCCUUUCCCAGCUUUCCACUUAGCCACUUAUGUCAGAGGGAGGAGAUAGCCUCAAUACGCCUGUGGUCCAGCCGCAGCUGCGUGCUCUCAUGCUCCCUCUGCCCCUGCCUGGGGCAAAAGGAGAUGAUGCCACUUUUGUCUUCAGCCCACACCAUUCUGGGGAAACUCAGAAUGGUCCACGGUUUGGGCUUCUGCUAACAGCUGCUAUCAACCAGUAGAUCUGCAAGUGAAAAGGCUGCAACUGCUUAUCUUCGGAGUACAAAUCUUUGUCACGUCAGGGUUUUCCUUGAAGCUCCAGCUGCUGCAGUCUUUGCACGAGAAUGGCAGCUUUCAGAUUAAAAAAGGGUUUUGCCCUGCAGCACUGGGGGUAGGAGGGAAGGUGAAUUUACUGGCAGCCAGCGAGGAUGCAUCAGUCCCAUUUCGUCACAGCCCAAAGAAGGAACUUCUGGUGGGGCAAGUGAACGGGCAUGCCAGCGUGGUGUGGGCGAGCGGUGGGGGUGCCCCAGAGACCAGCCCCCAGUCUGUCCUCCCCACGGUGCCAGGAGCAGCAGGUGCAGCCCUGGCUGGGGUGGACUUGGACACGACACCUCCCCGAGAGCCAGUGGGCAGUGAAGAGGCAGCAUCCCAAACACACAUCCCUCCCCCUCACCCACCCUCAACAGACCAGAGGCAAAGGCAGCCCUGGCUCCAGGCAGCAUCCUCCGGUCUUCUCUCCUACCAGCCAGCAAAGGAGCAGUGACCCCCCAGUUCAGCGGGAAACAAUCACACUUAGGUUAAGGUACAGUAAGGUAGCUGGAAGAGACCUUCAAAGAUCAUCUAGUCCAACUGCCUGACCACUUCAGAACUAACCAGCAGUUAAAGCAUAUUAUUCAAAUGCCUCUUGAACCCUGGACAGCCAUGGGGCAUCAGGCUUGCUAGGAAGCCAGCUGCAGUGUUUGACCACCUAAACUGGAAAAAGCAUUUUCUGGAAAGAAACACUUAAAAGGGGGUCUUUUGCCAUACAAAACAGAGCUCCAGAUCAGCAGCUGGGGCAGAGCAGAGACCUUGUGGUGCUAGCAGCAGUCAUGCUGUUGUGGGCCAGGCUUGUGAAGCUGCUCAAACAGCUCCUUGCCCCAGGCAGCCAUAGCCAGGGCAGCAGUAUGGAUACACGCACACCAGUUUUGCGAAGACUGUUCCUUAAACCAGGACUACACCUGCUGAAAAGCAGCAGGAGGGUUUUCAACUGCCUCCUUGGAAUUGGUGCAUCAAGUAAAACGAAUCUUUUUUUUUUUUUUUUUUUUUUGCAAAGCUUAUGAUAAAAUCAAAAGACUACGCAAGAGCACAACAACAAAUACAAGCUGCAAUGUAACGGUAUGCUGGCAGGCAAAGUGACAGGGUGGGUGCACUCCUUCCAGCUUGGAGGCAAUGGGUUAAUACUGGCUCUGGGUCCAGACAGGUGUCAGACGCCUCGAAUCAGUCCCAAGCUGAAGGUGGGUUGAUGCCCAAGGCUGACUGAAUUCCCCCCUCAGAUUGCUGAGGUGUGCAGUUUGCAGAGAGAUUAAUCAGAUGAGUCUGACCUCUGCGGUUUCCUGGAGCCUAGUCUCAGGGUAUAAAAACUUCCUGGGAGCAGGAAGAGACCCCAGUUGCAGCCUCACCUCCAAGGCAUCCACCGAAGCCGAGCACGCUGCGAUGGAGCACCUGCAGAAGCUCCUGCUCGCCCUCCUGUUGGUGGCAUGUCCUCCGGCCAAAGCCAGUCAUGCCUGGAACCGGAUGGCAGGAGCAGGCAGAGCCAAGGCCCCCGCCAGACCCUACAUGGCUUAUCUGGAAGGGAAGAACGGCCACUUCUGCGGGGGCUUCCUGGUGGCCCCCAGCUGGGUGAUGACAGCAGCUCAGUGUUUCAGCCACAAACCUUUGACUGUCAUCCUUGGAGCCCACAACAUUCAGAGAAGAGAGGAAAGCUGGCAAAUGUUUGAAGUCCAGAGGUAUCACCGCCAUCCAGACUUCACCAAUCGCAUGCAGGGAAAUGACAUCCUCCUGCUGAAGCUGAAAGGCAAUGCUACCAGCAACAGCUACGUUAGGACCAUUUCCUUCCAAAAAAUAAAGGCCUCUGGAGGGACGGUGUGCAGCAUAGCUGGCUGGGGCCACAAGGCACCCACUGCGACAUUCCACGAAGCCAACGUCACCAUCCACAAACAAAGGGACUGCCUAACCAUGUACCCUGGACUUGCCAACAACUUGAUCUGUGCCAACAGUGGAUCUGCUGGGGUGCCUGAAGAGGGUGAUACUGGGGGACCACUUGUCUGCAACAACAAAGCCUAUGGUAUCUUCUCCUAUCAGUACAAGAACCGGAUUGGCUUCUACACACACAUUGCUCCCUACCUUCCCUGGGUUAACAGCAUCAUGAAGUCGGCGUGACUCCACACAACCCAGCUGCUGCCCUGGAAAGCUCAUGCACCAGGGCUCACACUCACCUGCUGCUGCUUCUUUUCUCCCUGGGAAGCUUCUUCCACCGGUCCUCGUGGAUGUGGCAAGGAGUUCUCUCCAGCAAAGCAGGGGGCUUUGUGCAGAAUUUGCACCUUGACUGAGCCUGUUCACCGUGCGAGCUAGGGAGCACCCACGUGCACCACGCACCUUCCCUGCUCCGGGCUGCCCUUUGGCCAAACCACUUGUGGCUCCAGUGAGAGCAGCAGGGCAGGCCCAAGUGAGGUGACCGCAGCUACUGGGACAUGUUCCUGGGGGAUCCAAAGAGCAACCUCCUCCCCACCCCUGGCAUUCGUGAUGCCUGGAUCACCCUUGCCCAUGCCCUGGGGUUACAGGGUUGUCCCAGCUCCAGGGGGAACAACACUUUCAGCUCCCGCUUCACUACUGAUGCUGUCCCCUACCUCUGAAACUCGCUGCCUCAUUUCUUCCCUCUUGCUGUAGCUCCACUGUUGUAAAAAUACAUAAAAACAAUAAACUGCAUGUGCAUUUGA